CGCGCGGACCUAGCAGCCCCGGAGACGCCCGACCCGGCUCGACCCGACCCGACCCGACCCGCUGCCCGAUCGCCCACCUCGGCCUCCGGAGCCCCGACGAGCCCCCGGGCCCCGACACCCGCCGUCCCCGAACCAGCCGAUCGCGCGCCGGGCCUGCCCCAACGCGGCGCGAUGAAUGAUUUUGGACUCAAGAACAUGGACCAGGUCGCUCCUGUGGCCAACGGUUACCGGGGCCCCCUCAAGCGCCAGCCCGCCUUCGACACCUAUGAUGGGUCUUUGUUCGCACUUUACCCUUCCUCGAGUGAGGAGCAAGCUCUGCAGGAAGUUCCCACCGGCCUCGACGCCAUUUCUCACGACGGUUCCAGCUGUGAGUUGCCCCUCCUCACGCCAUGCAGCAAGGCAGUGAUGAGCCAGGCCCUGAAGGCCACGUUCAGCGGCUUCCACAAGGAGCGACGCCGGCUGGGCAUUCCCAAAAAUCCCUGGCUGUGGACCGAGCAGAACGUGUGCCAGUGGCUGCUCUGGGCCUCCAGCGAGUUCAGCCUGGUCAACCUCGACGUGCAUCGUCUGGGCAUGAGUGGCCACACGCUGUGCGGCCUGGGCAAGGAGCGCUUUUUGGAGCUGGCACCCGACUUCGUGGGGGACAUUCUGUGGGAGCACUUAGAGCAGAUGAUCAAAGAAAACCAAGAAAAGACGGAGGAUCCGUAUGAAGAGAAUUCCCACCUCAACUCCGUGCCUCAUUGGAUCAGCAACAAUUCUUUGGGUGAGUGUCGCUCAGAGCAGCCAUCCUACUUGGUGCAACCCCAGACACAGGCAUACCCCAAAGGCGCUGUCCUAGACAACCUGUGUGCGCCCAACGCGCUGGCCUCCGAGCCUGAGUAUCCCAUGUUUCCCAAAUCCCGCCUCAGCACCGUCAGCGUCAGCUACUGCCCCGCCACCAGCCAAGACUUUGGUGCCGGCAACCUGGGCCUGCUCCCCGGAGGAGCUGGCAAGCCCCGGGAGCGCGAGCCAGUGGAGAGCAGUGGAGGUAGCGCUGGCAGUGCCAGUGGCGACAGCAGCUUUGAGAGCUCGGACUCGCUGCUGCAGUCCUGGAACAGCCAGUCGUCGCUGCUGGACGUCCAGCGGGUGCCCUCGUUCGAGAGCUUCGAAGACGACGCCGGCCAGUUGCUGUGCCUGGGCAAACCCACCAUGUCCUUCAAGGAUUAUAUCCAGGAGUGCAGCGACCCGGCUGAGCAGGGCAAACCAGUCAUUCCUGCGGCCGUGCUAGCCGGCUUCACGGGCAGUGGACCCAUCCAGCUGUGGCAGUUCCUGCUGGAACUGCUCUCGGACAAGUCGUGCCAGUCUUUCAUCAGCUGGACUGGAGACGGGUGGGAGUUCAAGCUGGCCGACCCCGACGAGGUGGCCCGCCGCUGGGGCCGGAGGAAAAACAAGCCCAAGAUGAACUACGAGAAGCUGAGCCGAGGCCUGCGCUACUACUAUGACAAGAAUAUCAUCCACAAGACAUCGGGGAAGCGCUACGUCUACCGCUUCGUGUGCGACCUGCAGAACCUUCUGGGCUUCACGCCCGAGGAGCUCCAUGCCAUCCUGGGCGUCCAGCCCGACACGGAGGACUGAGGGGCGCCUUGCUGCCCAGCCGCCCGGUCAACCUCUCCCAGGACCCUGCCAGGCCAGGCUCUUUGUUGGACACGCGGCCAGGAAGCGAUGCCAGCAGCAGCUGGGGUGGCCUUAACUUCCUCCAGAACUUCGGCCUUGACCAG